UACUAGAGCAGUUAGUUGGCGACCACCGUUGUAGUUGCAACCGUUACCGUCGUGUUGCGCAUUACCGUGACACUAUCACGUUUAGCGCACCGAUACACGUUUAUUAAACCGUCGCCGCUGAUACGAUUCGUUGACUACUGAUAACGACACCGUGCUUCCCACAUGAUGACAAAUUAGGAACUUGUCCGAUACUCGUUUAAACGGCCUGAAAGUUUUAACUUUUUUUUUAACAAUUAUUAUUUUUUAAUUAUUUUUUAAGUUUUUUUUACACAGUGUAUAAUUUUUAUUGUAAAUACUACCACUUAAUCUAACCGUAGUAAUUUUAUCUAUUACAUUUAUACUAUGAUUUUAUUGGAAUAGUAAAAUAAUUAUUUCUACUAGUUUUAAAUGAUUAUUUUGUCAAGUAUAACUGUCUAACUUUCACUGCUAAUUGAGUAUCCAAGAACUAGAAGGAAAAAUUAUGGUGUUAUUUAAAGUUUCGCGUUGUCGUUUUAGUUGAUUGAAAAUAAACUUACAUUAUUGACAAAUACCUAAAACUACUGUUAAAUAUACUUGUUUUAUUAUCAAAAAUCAAAUAUGUCUUCUACAUCGCCAGUUAGUACAGAUGCUCCUUUUGGAGUGCAAAUAUUACAGAAAUUAUCUUCUAAAUACCCUUGUAUGAAUCAAAUAACUGACAGAAAUAAUUUGUAUAAAUAUAGUGUUUUGUUUCUAACAUUCAUUACAUAUGUUGCUUAUCAUGCUUCAAGAAAGCCAAUUAGUGUUGUUAAAAUUGUUUUAUAUCAAAACUGUUCUGAAAUUACUCCUCCAGCUGGUAUUAAUACUACCGAUCCAGACUGGUGUAAUUGGUUACCAUUUAAUGAAGAGAAUCACACAGCUUUAUUUGGUACUUUAGAUUCAGCGUUUCUUUUUGCAUAUGCUAUUUCAAUGUUUUUCAGUGGAUUAAUUGGUGAGCGAGUUAAUAUACGAAUUUUCUUAACCGUUGGAAUGAUUAUGUCUGGUGUUGCAUGUUCAAUGUUUGGAUUAGCUCACUAUUACAACAUUCAUUCUAUGUGGUAUUUUAUUGCUGUUCAGAUAUUUGGUGGCAUUUCACAAACAACUGGUUGGCCAGGUGUUGUAACAGCUAUGGGUAAUUGGUUUGGCAAAGGAAAUCGAGGAUUUAUUUUUGGUAUUUGGAAUUCACAUACAUCAAUUGGAAAUAUAGUUGGUACAUUAUUAGCUAGUUUUUAUGUUGAAUCUAACUGGGGAUUGUCAUUUAUUGUUCCGGGUGUGUUGAUAUUUUCUUGUGGAAUAUUGAACUAUUUGUUUCUUGUUGCCCAUCCAACAGAUGUAAAUUGUACACAUAUGAAAGAAACCACUCAAAACGAACAUAAGAACUUAGAGAGAAAUGGAGUACGAAGACAAUCUUUAAGACACGAUUGUACAGUAGCUGAAGAGAAUGAAAUAUUAAAAGGCAGUUCAGAAGAGAAAAAACCCAGCAUCCUCCCGCCUCAAGAGGUGUCUGUACCUCUUGGCGACCUAUCACCUAAGGAGUUGUCGUUGUUACCUUCUCACAAGGAUGAAACUAAAGAAAGAGCUGAAGGCAGUCCUAUUCUAUCACCAUCUAAUAGCUCAAAGAGAGCUGUAGGUUUUAUCGGUGCUAUAAAAAUUCCUGGUGUAGUAGAAUUUUCUAUGUGCUUAUUUUUUGCAAAACUGGUUAGUUAUACGUUCCUUUAUUGGCUACCAAACUACAUCAAGAAUUCUUCUACAUAUAGCCCAUCUGAAAGUGCUGAUUUAUCAACACUUUUCGAUUUUGGUGGUAUUUUUGGUGGAAUAGCUGCUGGAAUAUUUAGUGACAUGUUUGGAAAAAGUGCGUGUACUUGUGCGGUUAUGCUUUUAAUGGCCAUACCUGCUUUAUACACUUAUAAUUUAUUAUCAUCAAUGAAUUUGUUCAUAAAUAUUUCACUAUUGCUGGUCGCGGGUGCUUUAGUAAAUGGACCGUAUGCUUUAAUUACUACAGCAGUAUCAGCUGAACUUGGAACACAUAGUUCUUUAAAAGGCAAUGCAAAAGCAUUAGCCACUGUAACAUCAAUCAUUGACGGGACAGGUUCAAUAGGGGCUGCCGUUGGACCCCUGUUAGCUGCUUACAUAUCAAGUUUAUUUGGCUGGACUAGUGUAUUUUAUAUGCUAAUGGGAUCCAAUGUCCUUGCAAUUCUUUUGCUGACACGAUUAGUCAAACGAGAGAUUCAAAACAUUGCUUAAUAGAUGUAUAAAAAAAACCACAUUAAAAAAGACUUACUUGAUUACUAAUAAAUGUAAAAUAAAAUGUAUUUAAAAUGUAUACUUUUGCACACAUAUGUUAUAAACACAUAAUAUGUUUUGUGUUAAUAUGUUGUGCACUAUUUAGAAAUAAUGCAAAUAGAAAUUGAUCAUCAAUUUCAUAAAAUUACAUGUUAUUGUGAAAGGGUUUAUUAUUAGAUAAUCUAUUACAAUGUUGAUGUACGCAUUUGAUAUUUAUUUACAUUAAAUGUUAAGUUCUUCGUUCCAUUUUUAUCUUUAGCGCUUUUUGUAUCAUGUAUAUUUUUAUUACUCUCAUUUUACAUACCUCUUUUUUCUUUUAUGUUAAUAAUUUUUCUUCCAUUUACAAGCAGCUAUCAAUUUUAUUAAAGCUGAUUGAACAACAACUAGCUAUUGAAUGUUUAACAUAUAAGUUAAUUUAAAACUGAAUAUCUGUGAUUUUCUGUAACUUUUCCAAACUGCCUAAUUGGAAUGAAUAUUAAUAAAAAUUGUAAUGUUAUGCUUUAUGUGACAUAUCAUUAAAUUAAUUUAUAUAAUGACUAGAGUUAAAUAAAAAUAUAUAUAUAUUUAGUUAUAUUUUCAAAAUAAACUGUAUAUUUCAUUAUUUA